AUGGAUGCUCAAUUGGUCGGCGAAACGGACGGCAGAGAUUUUCCUUCGGACCUCCCUUACUUGUCCGGCUUCAACAACCAUUUCUCGUCGGAGGCGAUUCCCGGUGCUCUUCCUCAAUCCCAAAAUAGUCCUCUCAUAUGUCCCUUCGGCCUCUAUGCCGAGCAGAUCUCUGGCACUUCCUUUACAUCGCCUCGCAAAUCCAACUUGUGCAGUUGGCUGUAUCGGAUUAAGCCGUCGGUCACGCAUGAACCGUUUAGGCAACGUUUGCCUAAAAACGAGAAGUUGAUCAGUGAAUUUAAUGCAUCAAAUUGUUCAUCGACUCCGACUCAGCUAAGGUGGAGACCGGCGGAUGUCCCUGAUUCACCGGUGGAUUUCGUUGAUGGACUGUACACUGUCUGCGGAGCUGGCAGUUCGUUUCUCCGCCAUGGGUUUGCUAUUCACAUGUACACAGCCAAUAAGUCGAUGGAGAACUGUGCGUUCUGUAAUGCUGAUGGCGACUUCUUGAUAGUUCCUCAGAGUGGAAGGCUGUGGAUUAUUACAGAGUGUGGUAGACUGGAAGUUUGUCCAGGUGAAAUAGUGGUUUUACCUCAAGGUUUUCGCUUUGUUGUUUAUCUGCCUGAUGGUCCAUCACGUGGCUACGUAGCUGAGAUUUUUGGUAGUCAUUUCCAGCUUCCUGACCUUGGACUGAUAGGUGCUAAUGGUCUUGCUGCACCAAGGGAUUUCCUUGCACCUGUAGCCUGGUUUGAGAAGAGUUCUAGUCCUGGUUACACAAUUGUUCAAAAAUUUGGUGGGGAAUUGUUUACUGCAAUACAAGACUUUUCUCCCUUUAAUGUAGUUUCCUGGCAUGGAAAUUAUGUUCCCUAUAAGUACGAUCUCAGUAAGUUCUGCCCUUACAAUACUGUGUUGUUUGAUCACAGUGAUCCGUCAAUAAAUACAGUAUUAACGGCGCCAACUGAUAAACCUGGAGUAGCAUUACUCGACUUUGUCAUUUUCCCUCCCAGAUGGCUUGUUGCUGAACACACAUUCCGUCCUCCAUAUUACCAUCGUAACUGCAUGAGUGAAUUUAUGGGUCUCAUAUAUGGAGGCUACGAGGCAAAAGCUGAUGGGUUUCUCCCCGGAGGGGCCAGCCUUCAUAAUUGCAUGACUCCCCAUGGUCCUGAUACUAAAACGUAUGAGGCUACUAUUGCUCGAGGGACCGAUGUUGGACCAUACAAAAUCACUGGCACAAUGGCAUUUAUGUUUGAAUCAAGUUUGAUCGCCCGCGUAUGUUCUUGGGCUCUCGAGUCCCCAUUCAUGGAUCAUGACUAUUACCAAUGCUGGAUAGGACUGAAAUCUCAUUUCAAAAUUGAAGCAACUGGAGAUACAGAUCCACAGAAGGUAAGAACUGAGUCUGAAAACGGAAGACAAAUUGGAUAAAUAUUAUAUUGGAUGGACAUCCUGAAUUGCAUGAAAAAAGGUUCCAUAUUAAGUGUACAUAUAAUGAUAAAAUGAUGUAUAAAUUACCACAGGAAGGAGUGUGCUUUAUGAUAUAACUUGAUUAGUCUGGUAAUGCCUCAGGGCUUGUUAAUCUUUCUAUAGGAAUAUAAUCUAUAACUUGUGUUAGUUGUCAACGAGGAUAUAAAACAUGUAUCUUUAUCAAGAGGUGAAAUAUUUGAAACUUACGCUCUAGUAUAAUUCCAAAUAAGUUUUUGAGGUC